AUGGCAUUACUUAAGCUAAGUAGAAACCUAUUGUUCCCACGUUUAAUAACAAGCCAAGCAAAGUUAGGAUACACAAAUUUCCAUACAAUACGAAAAAUUGGCCCAAAAAUAAUCACCAAAACCGUGCCAGUAGCCCAAUUCAACUCGAAAAGAACUUAUUUCUGGAUCUUCAAACGUCUAACUAAAAGAGAAAUACGACUGGCCGACAAGCCUCCGCCAGAAUACGAACUUAUUUACAGAUGCACUGUGGAUAACUACUUUUUAGUAAUUCAAUAUUUUGGUUUCUUUGCUGUGGCCACAGUUGGAUUUAUAGCAUUAUUGGGUGCUCAUCGUUUUUAUAUGCCACCCUCACCGAGGGACGACUUAUAUAUUGGAGAUCGAGAAAUCCUAGGUCAAGAUCCAAUAAAUGUUAAUUCCGAUGAAACUAGCUGGCUUUUAGCAGCAUUCAUGACUGUAUAUUGUUGCAUAUAUUUUUUUGUGGCUAGAACGCCUGUAAGGAUAUAUUAUUACCCACAAAGACAAAAAUAUUUAUUAUAUUUUUAUGGAGCUAUUCCCAAACAAGUAAAGAAGUUAAAAUUGAAACCAGGAGAGUUGGAUCAUUGUGAGUCCUUCUUUAAAAGCUCACCUAUUGCUGGUCAUACCUAUGCCCUUAAAGAAACUGGUCGAAAGAUUAUUUUGGUGGACGAUUAUUUUAGGACUACAGGAGAUUUGUAUGUUUUGUUGGGAAUGCAAAAGGAUCCAAAUGUGACUGAUUUUCAUUAUGAUAAUAAAGAAAAAAAAUCUGAUAAAAAGAAAUCUGAUGAAAAGAAGAAACUUGAUGGGAGGUGA